CACAAAGUCUCGCACGUUGUGUGGCGGCCCACGGUCGGUAGGUCUUCCCGCUACUCACCCCACAUCUUUACUACAUUACCAGUUCUAAUCCUACUAUACUACUACUACAUCUACAUACUUCUCCUCUUCACAAGCCAAAACCAAAACUUCUUCUUCCCAUUAAAGUUUUCCCUUCAAAAACUCUUCUCUCAACCUCUUUAUUCUAUCCACACACGCACGAAACUCCUCCCAUGAGAACGUUGUGCCCCAACCUCGACCGCGAAGAUGCCCUCGAGACAGUGCUCGAGGUACCGAUCCCGGAAGAGAUGUUUGCUUCCAACAAGCACAAGUCCUGGCAGAACAUGAAGUCUUGGAUGAUGAGGCCACAAGUCGACCGCCCGACAUCCCUUUUUGGAGGCCGGGCUGCCGAGAUUCAGUUCUUGCUCGGUGUCGUUGGUGCACCAUUGAUCCCUCUUCCUAUAAGGUGUGAUCGUACCGUUAACGAUAACAUCAAAGACCAUCCCAUUGAGAGUUCCAUGGCCAAAUACAUUGUGCAACAGUACAUAGCGGCUGCAGGGGGAGAACAUGCUUUGAACUCUAUCGACAGUAUGUAUGCGGUGGGGAAGGUGAAGAUGGCUGCAUCAGAAUUUGUGGCUGGAGAUGACUUGAUCAGCCUAACCAACUCUAAGGUUACAAAGAUGAAGAACAUGAAGCACGGGCCAGGUGAAAUUGGAGGGUUCGUUUUGUGGCAGAAAAGUCCUGAUUUGUGGAGUUUGGAGUUGAUGGUUUCAGGGUAUAAAAUCAGUGCUGGUAGUGAUGGUAAGGUGGCUUGGAGACAAACUCCAUGGCAGCAUUCUCAUGCGUCCCGCGGUCCACCUAGGCCUCUUCGCCGAUCGUUGCAGGGACUUGAUCCAAGAUCAACAGCGAACUUGUUCUCCAAUUCCAUCUGCAUUGGUGAGAAGACGAUCAAGAACGAAGACUGCUUUGUCUUAAAGCUGGAGGCUGAUCCGUCCACCUUGAGGGCAAGAAGCAGCAAUAAUGUUGAGAUAAUCAGGCACACAAUUUGGGGCUGUUUCAGCCAAAGAACGGGCCUUCUAGUCCAACUAGAAGACUCACAUCUCCUCAGAAUAAAGGCCCCUCAAAAUGAUGUCUUCUGGGAGACAACGAUGGAAUCAUCAAUCCAAGAUUACAGAACGAUUGAUGGUGUCAACAUAGCACACUCCGGGAGGACCUCUGUUUCGCUGUUCAGGUUCGGAGAAAAUGCUGAAAGCCACACCAAAACAAGAAUGGAAGAGAUUUGGAGCAUUGAGGAGGUGGACUUCAACAUUAAAGGGCUGUCGAUGGACUGUUUCUUGCCUCCGGCUGACUUGAAAAGGGAGGACGAGGGCUGUGGUGUGGUUGCUGGCGGAGAUGUGACGAAAAACGGAAUGUUGCCGUACAAGAUUUUGGCCAACUCGUCUAGGAUGGUUGGUGCAAAAGGUGCAAGAAAAGUAGUGGCUAUUGAAGAAGAUAGUUUGGAGAUGUUUGAAACAGAUGAAGAGUUGUAAAGACUGUAGCAUGUUUGAUCUUUGGUCAAAUUUUUGUACAUAUAGAUAUAGUCUCUGGCCUGGCGCCAGUGAAGCCAAGGAUUCCAAUAUUUAGAACUUAUGGAGGCCUUCUUUCGAGCAACUGAUCUUUGAAAGCAGCAUCACAGCUCCAACACACACACACAUACACUUCAGACAGUUUUUGCAAGUGACUAAGUUAGGUAUCAUUCAUGCUAUGUCUGUUAUUCUGUGCACCAGAAACAUGGAUUAUUGAUACAUACCUCUUAUUUUUCGUGUA